UUAAUAUGUUAGUAUGUAUAAAUAUUUGAAGAUAAACCUUGUUGUUUUAAGUAUAACGGUACACGUCAAACGGCACUCUUCAUCUGGGAAUUGUAAUUCUCAAGGAGAAGUUGAGUUCGAAGGCGCGACUUUUCGAAUCUUUCUCUGUCUCUCUCAGAUCUUUACAAUUGUCUGUUCAUAAAUCUUGAUGGCUCUUGUCACCAGUGAAGGAGCCUCAUCUUCUUCUUUCACCCACCAACCCAAUAAAUUUGAUGUCUUCUUGAGUUUCAAAGGUGAAGAUACCUGUUUUGGUUUUAUAGGCCAUUUGUAUAAAGCUUUGUGUCAACGGGGCAUUAACACCUUUAUUGAUGAUAGCCUUCAAAGAGGGGAAGAAAUUUCUGCAAGUCUACUCAAAACCAUUGAAAGCUCAAGGAUUUUGAUAAUUGUAUUCUCUGAAAACUAUGCAUCCUCCACAUGGUGCUUGGAUGAACUUGCUAAAAUUGUUGAGUGUAAGAAUACUGACCAAUUAGUGCGACCGAUUUUUUACAACAUAGAUCCAUCAGAAGUUCGCAACCAAAAAGGAAAGUAUGGAAAAGCAUUAUCUAAACAUGAAAAAAAAUUAAAGGAUAACAAGAAGUUGCAAAGCUGGAGGAAAGCUUUAUGUGAAGCUGCCAAUAUAUCUGGUUGGCAUUACAAGCAUGAUUGCACUGAAUUUGAAUUUAUCCAAGAAAUUGUUGAAGAGAUCUCAAAUUUUAAAUUAAAUCGGAUGCCAUUAUUUGUUGCUCAAUACCCCAUUGGAAUAAAUUCUCAUGUAGAGGCCAUAAUAUUGCAAUUAGAAAUUGGGUCAGAUGAUGUUCAUAUGUUAGGUAUGUAUGGCCCCGGUGGAGUGGGUAAAACAACCAUUGCAAAAGCUGUUUAUAACAAAAUAUUAGAUCAUUUCGAAGGAAGCAGCUUUUUGGAAAUGUUAGAGAAAGGUCAGGGACAUUUGAUGGCAUUAUCCAACUACAAAAGAUACUUUUUUGUGAGACCCUAGGGAUGAAUGAACAACUGAAGGUGGGCAGUGAAUCGAAAGGAACCAUUGCGAUAGAGAAUAUACUUCACCACAAAAGAAUUCUUCUAAUUCUUGAUGAUGUGGAUAAAUUAUACCAAAUAGAAAGAUUGAUUGGACGAUUUGAUUGGCUUGCUUCUGGAAGUCGAAUAAUUAUAACAACAAGAAAUAAACAUUUCUUACAAACUUUAAGAAUAUGUCAUUCGACUUACGAGGUUAAGGAAUUAGAUGAUCAUGAAGCUCUUGAACUAUUUAGUAUGCAUGCCUUUCAUAAAACCAAACUUGAGGAAGAUUAUUCAGAACGUACUGAUCAGGUUAUAUGUUAUGCCAAGGGCCUUCCAUUAGCUCUAUCAAUAAUUGGUGCCAAUUUGCGUGGAAGAAGUGAAACGGAAUGGAAAAGUGCAUUAGAUAAGUACGAAAUGAUUCCAGACAAAGAUAUUCAAAAAGUACUCCAAGUAAGUUAUCAAGGAUUGGAUGAAACAGAGCAAGAUAUUUUUCUCGAUCUUGCAUGUUUCUUCAAGGGUCUUUACAAGGAUUAUGUUGUAGAUAUACUAAAUUCUUGCAAUCUAUACCCAGUUAUUGGUAUUAAAAAUCUUAUAGAUAAGUGUCUCAUAACUGUUAAUCAAUUUAACAAAUUAUGGAUGCAUGACUUGCUACAACAAAUGGGUAGAGAGAUUGUUCGACAGGAGUCACCACAAAUACCUGGAUUACGUAGCAGACUAUGGUAUUAUAAGGAUGCUUUUGAAGUACUAACAGAAAAUAAGGGAUCUGAUAACAUUCGAGGCAUAACGAUAAUCUCGCCUGAACCAACAAAGUUGCAAUUAAAAGCUAACUAUUUUGAAAAGAUGGGAAAUCUCAAGUUCCUUUUGGUUGGUAAUGUUGAUACUUGUGGAGAUCUUGAAUAUCUUCCCAAUGGAUUAAGGGUGCUUGAUUGGUCUAGAUUUCCUUCAUCUUCCCUACCAUCCAAUUUUCGUCCUCACAACCUUGUUGUACUUAACAUGCCACAAAGUCCCGUCAUAUUGGACAAGAUUUUCGAGGUAUAAUUAUUUUUAUUUAUUUAUAAAUUAUUAUAUAACUUCAUUAAACUAUAUUUUAACAUUUGUUGAACUUAAAUUUUGAUUUUUUUUCCCCUACAGAGUAUACAAUACAAAAGCUUGACAUAUAUGAAUUUUUGUUCUUGUCAAUACAUUACAAAAUUACCGAACUUAUUGAGUGCCGCCCCAAACAUAAAGGAAUUGAAUCUCCGUGAAUGUAAAAAAUUAGUCAAGGUUCAUGACUUUGUUGGAUGUCUUGCUAAGCUUGAAACCUGGGACCUUAGCCAUUGCUUUAAACUUCGAAUUCUUCCAAGUUGCAUCUCAAUAAAGUCUCUUAAACUUUUAUAUCUUUUUGGGUGCAAAAGGGUUAAGAGGUUGCCCGAUUUUCCACAAGAAAUGGAAAAUUUGAAGUAUUUGAGUCUGGCACACACUUCCAUUAGAGAGCUUCCUCCAUCAUUCAGGAAUCUCACUGGGCUUGAGCGAUUAGAGUUAGGUUACUAUUUCAAUUUGUGCCAUCUUCCAAGAAGCAUCGAUCAAUUACAACAUCUUCGCAUACUCAAGCUUUAUGAUUAUGACCAAUUAUCAAUGGGUGUGGGGACCUAUAAUUUGCAGCAAUAUUUGUCAAAUUAUGGUUUUUCGAGGUUGAAUUUUCUUAAAAAGUUGACUUCUUGUUUCACCCUUCCUAAGAAAUGUUUAUUAUCGAGGAGUGAAGAUUUGAGCCUCCAAGAAAGCAUUGUCAAAUUCAAUAGAUUACAAUUUCUUCAGAUUAAGAAUUCCAAGUUCUUUCAAAAAAUUCCUAAGCUUCCAGAAAGUAUAAGAGAAGUACGCGCAAUAAAUUGCUUCUCGUUAAAUUCAGAAUCAGUAAGAGAAUUAUUCCUUCAGUUAAGAAGAAAGUUAGAGCUUCCACAAAAUACAAAAUAUGGAGACAACAUUUUAAUGGAUUCGCAUUCACAGUGCAAAUUACCUCAUCAGAUUGAUUACUCUACCAAGAUUGAUUACUCUCUCACCCACUAAAAGCCCCCACACACUCUACAUGCAUUUUUGAUGGAUUAUAUGAGGGAUUGUGAAGAGUCAUAUGAUAUUACAGUAACAGGAAAGAAGAUUCCAAAGUGGUUCAACCAUCAAAGUAUUGAAAAUUCCAUAUCAUUUUGGAUUGGUCCUGAAUUUCGAACAAUUGCGGUUUGUUUCGCUUUUCAUCUAGGUCCGUUGAAGGACGGUGAUGCUAAUAAUGAUAAGUACAGUUCUGUUCGUGAUGAUAAAAUCUGUUGGAAUUGUGAUGUCAACAUUUUCACCAACGGUCAUACGCAACCUUACACGCUGAGGAGGACCUUUUACUAUAUGAAGUGUGAUCAUCUGUGGUUUUACGGUGAUUCUCAUAGCCAAUUACAGCAAUAUUUCAGAAACAUAAUGCAAGUUGAUCGGAAUCUUGUUGAGGUUUCAUGUAAAAUCUCUUCGUGGAGUAGUAGAAACGGAAAAUUCGCUCCUGUGAUUGCAAGGAUGGGGGUACAUGCAGAAUGCAUUUAUCAUCCUCCAAAUUCUGUUAUCAUCGAUGACAACUCUCAAAAUGUUGAUGACAACUCUGACUACUCUAAAAAUGUUGAUGACAGUUCUGAUGACAACUGAGACAGAGCUUGCACCUUUACUAUCUCCUUUCUCCACUUCUAGUGGGACCAUCUUCAGUGCAUUCAAGCAAUGAUGGCUGAGAUUUGGUUUUGUCAUUAAUUUCCCAUAUGAUUCAAAUGGGUCUGACUUGGUUUUGGGAUUUGACUCAACUGUUGGAGUUGGGUUUGAUUUGGCUUCCUCUACAAUGGCUGAACUGUCUGCAAACUAUGAUUCUGGCUUCAACCCAUAUCCAUAGUAGAAGAAAAUGAGAAGCUCUUGAUCAAAUUUUGAGGAAACAUGUCAAGGGUAUUCAAAUAAAUGUGCAACAAUGCUUCUACCAAGUGAGAAAUCAUAUGCAUAGAUUUGGUUACAGGGCAAGAUGGACUUUAGCUUAUGUCUCGUCUCUCCACUAUGACAUUCUCAGUUCUUGUGAACAGACCCCAACUGGCAUCUUCAGCAUUAUAGGGGUUUGAGUAAAGUGGAUUGUAGGAGCAACAGGAUUUAUUUUUUGGUUUCCAGGUGGGAAACAGAAAUGAGAUGUCACACUUCUUUAUAGAUGACCAUAUACCAUCUUCUGGAGAUGUACAACUGAACUAAGCUAUCUUAGUUGUCUGCUUCUUUUCUUUGAGACUCCCGAAUUAAAAAUGAAAUGGGUUCUAUGGGAGAGUAUUGGCAGUUGUUUAAGGCUAUAAGGUAGGUUCUCUUUUCAUGCCAAUAUAAGUUUGUGGUUGCUGCUAGAAACCAUGUUUUAGGCUGUUUGGAAUACUAAUGUUAUAAGUCAUAUUUAAUUUCCCAUUAUCAUUAUCUUCAAACCAAAUAUACAAGCAAGUCCCAUAAAUUAUAUAUAUAUAUAUAUAUAUAUAUAUAGAGAGAGAGAGAGAGAGAGAGAGAGAGAGAGAGAGUGCUAAAGUAAUACAUUAUUUUAUAAAAAGCUAAUUUAGUGAGUGGUUAUUGGUAAGUAAAAAAGUUAUGGUCGUGGACCAAAUGAAAACCAGUAAGAAUUUGCGACAUCAAUAGUUUGUAAAAAUAACAUUACUCACUUAAAGAUUGAUUAUCUUCUUGAUGAAAAUUUACUCCUGUCAUGGUCAAGCAAAAUUAUGCUUGCCAUGUUAGAAUGAGAUGUUGGAGUAGAUUCUACCAUUAGGUGGGCUUUCAUUCUUUUUAUUCAACAGUUCCAGAAUAUGAGUUUGUUGGG